AUGAAGGUGGUGCUGCUGGUGGUGCUGGUGGUGUUGGUGGCGUGGGCAGAUUCGACCCAGGCCCAGAAAGCUCUGAGACUCUGUGGCCGCGAGUUUUUUCGGGCUGUCGUCUACACGUGUGGGGCUUCCAGAUGGAGGCGGGGCCAAGCUGAGGACCCCUUAAAUGAUUAUGAAAUUGAGACGGAUGUGGAGUCAGAAAUGGACCGAGUAAGAAGAGAGGCAUACGAAGCGCUGCCCUCCACGUGCUGUAAAGUGGGAUGUAGAAAAAGUGAUCUUGUUCGCAUGUGCUGA